AUUUUGGGGGCGUGUUCUGCCAAAGCUCAGACAGUUCGGAAAACCCCUCAUUGAGUGGUUCAUAAAGCCACAACCAGAGACUGGAGGCUCAGAGGAAACUCUCACCUGUCUGGCUGGAAUAACUCAUUUUGUUUGGGGGAUACAAAACAACAAUCAGCUCCAACCAUGCGUCCAGUAUUGAUAAUCUCCCUGGUUGUGGUUUUGCUGCUAAAGGAGCUGAACUGUACGGACACCGGAGCUUUUCAAAGCUCCUUCCCUCACCCGAACAAGUACAACCCGAAUGAGUCGGAGCGCUGCGCGCAGCCGCCCCUCAGCGGCCUCCUCUCCCGCGGGACGGGACCCGGGCCCUCCACGGACGAGGUGCUGGAGUCCAGCCAGGAGGCGCUGCACGUGACGGAGCGCCGCUACCUGCGGCUGGACUGGUGCAAGACGCAGCCGCUGAAGCAGACCAUCCGCGAGGAGGGCUGCCUGAGCCGCGCCAUCAUCAACCGCUUCUGCUACGGCCAGUGCAACUCCUUCUACAUCCCGAGGCACGUGUACCAGGACGGCGGCGCCUUCCAGUCCUGCUCCGCCUGCAAGCCCAAGACCUUCAGCACCGUCACCUACACCCUGUUCUGCCCGGGACAGACGCCCAGCACGAGGAGGAAGCGGGUCCAGCGCGUGAAGCAGUGCCGCUGCACCACUAUAGACGCGGAUUAGGCUCCAAGCUGGACAUCAUUUGGGAAUAUCAUUUUCCAUGGAGACUCCAAAAGGAAAACGACAUAAUAUGAGUAUAAAGAACUUGCCUGAGCCUUUUUUUUUUUUUUUUUUUUGUAAUUAAAGCGAUGGAGAGAAGACUUUGAACAACUUUCCCUCUUAAAUGCUCGUCUACAAGUAAAGAUCAUCAAUCAUUCUUUUUUCAUUUUUUUGUGCUAAAUCAUUUUGGAUGCACAAAAAAUCUUAUAAAAGCACUGAGUACCAGUGAAAUGCAUUGUAAAAUAAUCCACAUAAUCCACAUACACACAGGCUGAUAGGUGUACUCAGCCUCUAAGAAAGGUCAAAGGUUGUCUUGUUUCCACUGUGUGGGAUGAAGCUCAAGGCUUGGGCAUAUUUUAUUUUAUUUUUUUAUUUUUUUGUCUUUAUUGCAACCUGCACUGCUAAAUGCCACACGACUUUGCAACUGUGUACAAUUUGUGUAAGAUUGUGUCUCAUUAUGUGGCUUGUAAAUAAAACAGCAUUCAGUCUUUUCCAUUA